AUGCAACAUGAAACCGUGAGUUUGACUCACAUUGUGAGUUUCAUUAUUUCAACAACUACUGUCCAGAAAAAGGGAGAUCCUGAGGCGUUCACCAUUCCUUGUUCUGUUGGGCAGCGUGAUUUUGCUCUUGCUCUGUGUGAUAAUGGGGCGAGUAUAAAUUUAAUGCCACCUGCUAUCUAUAACAAAUCAGGUUUGGGGAUGCCAAGGUCGAUUACUAUGCGAUUACAAAUGGCUGACAGAUCGAUUAAGAGGCCAGUUGGCAUGGUUGAUGAUGCUCUUGCGCGGGUCAGUGAUUUUUUGUUGCCCGUAGAUUUUGUGAUUCUUGACUGUGCUAUUGAUCGUGAUAUUCCCAUUAUUCUGGGGAGACCUUUCCUUGCUACGGGAAGGGCUCUUAUGGAUUUGAAAAAGAACGAAAUAAAAUUCCGAGUCAAUGAUGAAGAGGUAACUUUCAAGGCAAGUAGGGGAAUGAAGUUACCAAGUGCUUAUGAGAGCAUUUCAAUGAUUGAUUUUAUUGAUGUUGUUGAUGAAGCGGUGGAAUUCAAAAUGGAAGAAGAAAGUUUGGGAGAAGCUUUUGCUGCUAUUCUUGUCAAUUUUGAUUCUAAAGACAUGGAGGGUUAUGUGGAGAUAGUUAAUUCGCUUGUUGGGUUGGGCUCAUAUUCUUACCACCCAAAGAAGCUUGAUCUUGAUCUGAAAAAUAGAACAACACCUCCAGCAAAGCCUUCUAUCAUUGAUCCACCGAAGCUUGAGCUUAAGCAGCUCCUAUCAUAUCUAAAGUAUGAGUUCUUCGGUCCAAAUAAUACAUUACCAGUGAUUGUUUUAGCAUUACCGGCUGAAAAGUAG